CUUUUGAACAGUGAACAUAUUUCAAUUGUUUUCCGCGAAAGUUGUUGGCUUAUACUUUAGGAUUUAAGUAUUUGGGACAGAAAGACGUCUGCGAUCCUACCGGAAGCUCCGUCAACUACUUAGAACACUACUUGAAGAUGGUGAGCGUGUCAGGUCUCUCCCUCCCGCUGUACCCGCCGACCACGGACUUUCUCUACCAGUACCCGUACCAGGCGCUCCAUUACACGGGGAGCGCAGAACAACUGCACACACCAUGGGCUCUCAAUACACUGGCCUUGAAUAACUUGAACUAUUAUAAUUGUUUGACGUCACACAACCUGAUGUCGUCCAUGUGCCAGUUCUCGUUUAGUAAUGUUAGAUCUUCGCCGAAGUCUCGUGACAGUGGCAUCUCGUCCGACCCUGCCUUGUCACCAGACCGAUGCAAUGGCUCGCUGGAUUUGUCCAUGAAGAGCAAACAAUCAGACAAACCAUGUCCUGCCAAGCCGCGACCGAAGUUCGAUUUCGCUCAUCUCGCUAAGGCCGCCACCGAGGAUGAUGGGAACGGCACCGCUGCUACUUCCGGGGACUCUCACGGAGGCGACGCCCAGAUUUUUAGCCGAGCUUUAAUAAAUACAGGUUCCCUGAGAUUCAACCCGUUGACGAGUAGUUUUCGGCCGAUAGCUCAUCAGGGAUUGUCCAAGGCCGCAACUGAGCCGGUCAAGAGAGCGAGGGGCCGGGGUCCGGCAAGGACAAAGAAGGAGUUUGUGUGCAAGUACUGCGGGCGUCACUUCACCAAAUCGUACAACCUGCUCAUCCACGAGCGAACACACACAGACGAACGGCCGUACUCGUGCGAUAUCUGCGGCAAGGCGUUCCGGAGACAGGACCAUCUGCGGGAUCACAGGUACAUCCAUUCCAAGGAGAAACCGUUCAAGUGUAUGGAGUGCGGAAAGGGGUUUUGUCAGUCCAGAACACUGGCAGUACACAGGACCCUACACCAGAGCUCACCAGACGGGUCAAUACUCUUGAAAUCCUCACGUGGUUCAAAACUCUCGGUGCCAACACCCGGUCUUCCCCGAUCAAUUGUUCCACUUGAGAAAAAUAUCAAGAUAGAGGUGUCGAGUUUACAUGUUAAACAAGAACAGACAUAAACAAGACAAAUCACAUGUACAUGUAUUCUGUAAAUAUCAUUAUAUUUAUUUUAUUUCAUAUAUGUUUCUUUUGUUGUUUCAUCAUAAACGAGCAGUAUU